AUGGAGACCCGCUACAACCUGAAGAGUCCGGGUAAGCAGAGUGGGAGGCGGCGGGCGGUCUGGGAAGGGUGGACCAGGGAGGGCGGAGUGCCCUUGGACUCUGCAGCCCGGGGUGGCGGUCCCCUAGUGUCCGCCGCCACUCGCGGCUCCGUUCCCGGCUUCGCACUCAACGCGAGGCCGCCGCUUGCCAGGGAGGUGCAGGCCGCAGGGCGCAGAUGCACCGGUUGCCAAACCCAAGGACUGGCUACCUCCUCGCACUACCCCGACUGCACCUUUUCUCAUCUCCGCCCGGUAGAGAGGUAUCAUAAACUCAUCCCUAAGAACAGUGUAUUAUUUAUUCCUAAGGCUAAUGGACGAUUUGAAGUGGGCAAGAAGAUCUGUUUGAGCAUCUCAGGACAUCAUCCUGAAACUUGGCAGCCUUCAUGGAGUAUAAGAACAGCAUUAUUAGCCAUCAUUGGGUUUAUGCCAACAAAAGGAGAAGGAGCCAUAGGGUCUCUAGAUUACACUCCUGAAGAAAGAAGAGCACUUGCCAAAAAGUCACAAGAUUUCUGUUGUGAGGGAUGUGGCUCCACCAUGAAGGAUGUCCUGUUGCCUUUAAAAUCUGGAAGUGAUUCAAGCCAGGCUGACAUAGAGGCCAAGGAACUGGCUAGACAAAUCAGUUUUAAGGCAGAAGUCAAUUCAUCUGGAAAGACUAUUGCUGAGUCAGACUUAAACCAUUCUUUUUCACUAAAUGAUUUACAAGAUGAUAUAUCUACAACAUUCCAGGCUGCUUCUGCCAGUACAUCGCAUGGAGUACAGAACCCCUCAGCAGCAUCCUUUCAGCAACCUACCCAGCCUGUAGCUAAGAAUACCUCUGUGAGCCCUCGACAGCGUCGGGCCCAGCAGCAGAGUCAAAGAAGGGCAUCGACUUCACCAGAUAUAAUCCAGGGCCAGCAGCCAAGAGACAACCAUACUGAUAAUGGUGGAUCAGCUGUACUGAUUGUCAUCCUGACUUUGGCAUUGGCAGCUCUUAUAUUUCGACGAAUAUAUCUGGCCAAUGAGUACAUAUUUGACUUUGAGUUAUAACAUUGUUAUGUGUCUUAAGAGCUGUGACUCAAGUGCUUCAUUAAACAUUCUCCAUUGGGUAUAUCUUGUUUACAAAAAGAUUAUUUUGUAUUUCCCCUUCAUUCCUUUAUUGAUCCUCAUUAAUUCAGUAGGAAUAUAGGUAGACAUUCAGACUGUCCAGCAAUGUGUCCUCCCUAGUUUAAGGGACUGGAAGUCAAAUGUCCCUUAUCUCACUAUUUAACCUGCUUUACAGGGAAAUAACUUACUGUUGUUUCUCAUGCCUCAGCUUCUAUUUAUGUAAAUUUGUGAUAUUUUUCUGUAUUGCCAUUUACACUCUUUGCAUAAAAGAUGGUGUUUUUAGUUCCA